CGGCUGCUGGUCUCAAGUGCCUUCAAAUCUGAUAACUUUAGUAUAAAAUCGGGGCAGUUUUUAAUUGUAGGGCAGUGUUCUUCGACCAACCGAGAAAUAACAAUGAAAUUCUUUAUUUUGGGUAGCUUAUUGGUAGCUGCUGUGGCAGCUUCCUUGGAGCAAGAUGCGUUCCAAGCAUUCAAGCUGAAACACAACAAAACAUAUAAGACUCCCGUCGAAGAAACCACCAGGUACGGCAUUUUCCAAGCUAAACUUUUGGAGAUUGAGGAGCACAACAGCCGUUUUGAACAAGGACUAGAAACCUACAAGAAAGGAGUAAACAAGUUCAGUGACUGGACUCACGACGAAUUCAAGGCUUACCUUGGCCUCCAUCCUAAACCAGCCAAACUUGGUAAAGGUAUUCCAUACGUGAAAACCGGAGUUUCAGUUCCUGCUUCGGUUGACUGGAGAACUGAAGGAUACGUAACUGGAGUGAAAAAUCAAGGAGACUGUGGUUCAUGCUGGGCAUUUUCUCUGACUGGAUCCGUUGAAGGUGCCUUGUUCAAAUCAACUGGAAAGCUUGUAUCCCUUUCAGAACAGCAACUGGUAGACUGCACUUAUGGUACAGUGAACUUUGGAUGCGAUGGCGGAUACCUGGAAGAAACCUUCCCCUACAUUCAAGAAACAGGCUUGGAAGCUGAAGCCAGCUACCCAUACAAAGCACGAGAUGGCACCUGCAAAUUCGAUGCUUCCAAAGUUGUAACGAAGAUCAACGACUACGUUUACUGGUACGGUGAUGAAGAAGCUCUGUUAGAAGCUACUGCUACUAUUGGACCCAUUUCUGUUGCAAUGGACGCCAACUACAUUGAUUCCUACGCUUCUGGAGUAUUUUCAAGCCGAUUGUGCAGCAGUGACGAUCUGAACCAUGGUGUCUUGGUGGUAGGAUACGGAUCUGAAAAUGGAGUCAACUACUGGUUAGUUAAGAACUCCUGGGCUGCAGAUUGGGGUGAGUCCGGCUACCUGAAGCUUCUUCGUGGACAAAACGAGUGUGGUAUUGCUGAGGAUGAUUCCUACCCAAUCGUUUAAAGAUUCAUCGCUGUCUUUUAAAGUGUAUUCCAUCUGAUUAGAUAAUUACAUAUUAAUA